AAAAUUCAAAAAAUAAUUCAAAAAAAUUCAAAAUGGCAAUUUCAUUUGAAUUUUCACUUGCACUAAUAUUCGUAUCUUGCGGACUUGGGUUAAUUUGGUCAUUAUUCAAUUUGUUAUAAGUAAGAAAAGUUGACUUAAAUAGUUAAGAAGAAGAACGAAAUGAAAGGUUAAACACUACUGAAGGUAAAGAUAAAAUAAAUAAUUUACUAGACAUAGGAUCAAAGAUUUCUAAUGGAGCAAAAGCUUUCUUGUAUGCUGAAUAUUAAUAUUGUGCUAUAGUACUUAUAAUUAUGGCUAUUAUCCUUUAUUUUGCAGUAGAUAGUACUUCUCGUGAUAAAUGGAGACCUUUUUCAGCUAUAUCUUUCUUAAUUGGUGCCACAACAUCAAUAGGAUGUGGAUACGCAGCAAUGAUGAUUGCUGUGUCAGCAAAUUAUAGAACUUCUUUUUCUGCAUAAAAAGGAUUAGCUGAGGCUUAUAAAAUAGCACUCGCUGCAGGUGUAUCUAUGGGAUUUUUCAUUGUUUCAGGAGCUUUAUUUACUUUGACAUUAUUGAUUGUUAUUUAUAAAUAUAUUUAUUUGGGAAAAGAAAAAAAUUUCAUUUAUAACUCAUUAGAUGAAAAAAGUAACAAGAUUGGUGAUUUAUUUGAAUUUGUUGCUGGUUAUGGCCUUGGUGGAUCUACUGUUGGACUUUUCGGCAGAGUUGGUGGCGGUAUUUAUACUAAAGCUGCAGAUGUUGGUGCUGAUUUAGUAGGAAAAGUUGAAUAAGAUUUACCUGAAGAUUCUCCUAGAAAUCCUGCUACUAUUGCCGAUAAUGUAGGUGAUAAUGUAGGUGAUGUUGCAGGUAUGGGUGCUGAUUUAUUCGGUUCUUUUGCUGAGUCAACUUGUGCUGCUUUAGUUAUAUCUGGAAAAUCAAUGAUUGAUAGUGAUAGAUAAUUCCAUUUAGACAAUAUGAUGUUUCCUUUGAUGAUUUCAGCUUUUGGUAUUCUAUGUUGUAUUAUUGUUUCUGCUUAUGGUGUUUACAUAAAUAGAGUAACUGAAGAAAGUGAAAUAGAAAGUUCUUUAAAAAAUUAACUUGUUCUUUCUACAGUCUUACUUACUCCAGUAAUUAUUGGUAUUGCUUAUAUGAAUCUUCCUAAAGAAUUCACAAUUCAAAUCCGUCUUGAUCAGGAAAUUCUUGUAUUUAAUAAAAGACCUUAUCAUGGUUUCAUUUGUGUCCUUGUUGGUUUAUGGGCUGGUUUGGCUAUUGGUUAUAUUACUGAAUAUAUGACCUCCCAUUCUUAUAGUCCUGUUAGAGAAGUCGCUGCUUCUUGCAGAACUGGUGCUGCUACUAAUAUUAUUUAUGGUUUAGCUUUAGGUUAUAACUCUACUAUUAUACCUAUCUUAGCUAUUGCUGUUUCUGCUUACGUUUCUAUUAAAUUGUUGGGUUUUUAUGGAGUCGCUCUUGCUGCUCUUGGUAUGCUUUCGAAUCUACCUAUUGGAUUAGCUAUUGAUGGCUACGGACCUAUUUCUGAUAAUGCUGGUGGUAUUGCUGAAAUGGCUGAAUUAGGCGAACAUAUUAGAUAAAGAACUGAUGCUUUGGAUGCUGCUGGUAAUACUACUGCUGCUAUUGGUAAAGGUUUUGCUAUUGGAUCUGCUGCACUUGUAUCUUUAAGUUUAUAUGGAGGGUUCAUUACUAAUGCUUCUUCUUAUUCUAAUGGACCAAUUGUACCUGAUAUUACUCAACCAUUGGUAUUUGCUUCUCUUAUUAUCGGAGCUAUGUUGCCUUAUGCCUUUUCUGCUUUCACAAUGAAAUCUGUAGGAAAGGCUGCCUUAGAAAUGGUAGAAGAAAUCAGAAGAUAAAUUAGAGAAGAUAGAGGUAUUAUUACUGGUGAAUCUGAACCUGAUUAUUAAAAAUGUAUUAUGAUUUCUACUAACGCUUCUCUUAAAGAAAUGAUUCUUCCUGCUUUAUUGGUCAUUAUUUCACCACUUGCGACUGGUCUCUUAUUUGGACCUUUGGGUGUAGCUGGUUUAUUACCUGGAGCUCUUGUUUCUGGGGUUCAAAUGGCUAUUUCAGCUUCUAAUACUGGUGGUGCUUGGGAUAAUGCCAAAAAAUAUAUUGAAGGUGGAAAUUUAGUUGAUGAUAAUGGUGAAAUAAAAAAAAAAGGUUCUGAUGAGCAUAAAGCUGCUGUUAUUGGUGAUACUGUUGGUGAUCCAUUGAAAGAUACUUCUGGUCCUGCUCUUAAUAUUUUAGUUAAACUUAUGGCUAUUAUUUCUUUAGUUUUCGCUAACUUUUUCUGUAAAACUGGUUUUUUAAAUAAACCUUUCAAUGAUUGAGAGUUUAUUUAAAAAUUUGACAAAAUAAAUUUUUAUUUUUAUAAGUAUAUAUUAUUUUUAUUUUUGAGAAAUUUCAAAUUUUUUAUUUUUAUAAAA